AUGGCGAAGAACGCUUUUCAGUGGCAGUCUUUAUCGAGUUACGUCGCGCGAAACACUGUAUUGGAUAAUUCCGAUGAGCCUCCAGCCAAACGGCUAAAGAUUAAGAAGGAAGAGGAUAAGGAAGAGGAGGAGGAAGAAAAGGAUGACAAUAACGAGGAAGAGAUCAAGAAUUCCGAUGAGCCUUCAGCCAAACGGCUAAAGAUUAAGGAGGAAGAGAAAGAGGACAUUAAAGAUCUUACUCAACAUUUGCUCUGCGAUUGGAAAGAAUUAAAUACUUAUGAAGAAUACGAAAUUAUGAAGUCCUAUGCUGCGAAUAGUAGACGAUUCUCUUUGAUAUAUUCUGCGAUAAUUGUAUUCAUGUCAAUGUCUCUUAUACCACAUACUCUCGAUAUCAUAUUGCCUCUCAAUGAAUCCCGUCCUAUAUUACCACCAUAUCGAGGAUACUACUUCGUAGACAUUCAAGAACAUUUUUUUCAAAUAUUCUGGCAUGCCAUUGUGGCCUGGGAAAUUGUUAUAGCCGGUAUAAUUGCCCACGAUUGCUUGUUUGUAACGUAUGUUGAGCAUGUUUGUAGCAAAUUUGCUAUAACUGGAUAUGCGCAACUUCUUGAAGAUACAUUUACCAUGCCUUUCGCUAUUCAGAUAUUGAUAGUAACGAUAGGAAUGAGCAUUACUUUGCUGCAAAUUACACAGGAUAAAAGCGAUAUCUUAGAAGCAGCAAGGUAUGUGUUCUAUAUCGGUGGCCAAUUGAUUCAUUUGUUUUUUCUUAGUUUCGAAGGACAAAGACUGAUAGAUCACAGCCUUCAGAUACGUGAUAAGAUGUAUAAGAGCUUCUGGUAUAAAGCAUCCAUGAAAUUACAAAAGAUAAUCAUGCUAGUGAUGAUGAAAAGUCUUUAUCCGAGUUUCUUAAGCGCCGGGAAAGUUUACAUUUUCUCUCUACAGAGCUUCACUAUGGUUCUACAAACCUCGAUGUCGUACUUUACGAUACUCGCGUCAUUUCAAUAAUUUAUUACUUCCUAUCCAGCAAUUGAAC